AUGCCUCAUCCGUGGGAAUUUAACGAGGAGGGCCCUGAGCCGGAAGAGGAGCGGCGGACCUUGCUCCGAGAAGGCGAGGAAAAAGCGCGGCGCGUCUUUUCUGAGUUCAUCGACUUUGCUUUCUCGGGCAACAUUCUUGAAAUUGCAUUCGGUUUGAUCCUAGCAACGGCAUUUACAGCCGUCACUACCUCGCUCGUGAGCGAUAUACUUCUCCCUCCACUCUCCAUCAUCCUCCCGCUACGAAGAAACAUGAGCGAGAAGUUCGCCGUGCUGAGACCGGGGCCGAAUUACAACGACCAAGAUGGCUACAACACCCUAGAUCAGGCGCAGAGCGACGGGGCCGUCAUUCUAGCUUAUGGUAUAUUUCUCAAUAAGGUGAUCAAUUUCCUAGGCGUCGGCCUAGCCCUGUACGGCCUAGCAAGCUUGUACCAGUGCCUGUCGCACGAUCCUAUCAUCAAGCAUACCGUCAAGUGUCGAUACUGCGGAAAGAAUGUUGGCUUCAAGCUGGCUCGAUGGGCGAGAAGAGCGGAUGCGAUAGACGACCUAUAG